AUGAUCCCGACUCUGCAAGACGACUGCGAUGAGUGCAUGCCGGACUAUGCGCUGCACCGCAGCCCGAUGACGGUUGCGAUAUCGGCGCUUCCCUUUAUUGUCACUUUCCUCGUUGCUUCUGUGGCGGCGCAAAAGCUGUUUCCUAUCUUGUCUGGGAAUGCGGAUCGCAAAGCGCACCAUGACGGCGCGCGACUGCCUGGGGCACCACAGCGCGAACGCCCCUCCAUACUGAGUAGCCUACGCCCGAGUGCGCGCUCACUCGCCAGCAUUCUCUUCUCGACCAACUUCGCCCUUUCCGCCGUACUCGCUGAACUCAUCCUCUGCGAAAUCUCCAAUACCGUCAAUCGCGCCACACGAACGUUAGCGCUCAAGAUCACGCUACCUUCCCUGCUCUUCCUGCUUGUCGUCGCGACACCGGCGAUUGAGAUUCACUCGAUCAUAUCGGGUACUGGGCUGAACAUUGGUGGGGAGCAGAAGAGUCGGCGACGAGCAGCAUGGGUGUUGGAGCUGUGUGGGCUGGCGACAUGGCUGGCGGGGUUUUGGUAUCUUGGUCGAGGGCUGCUGGGCUCGUAUCUGCAUGAGGAAUCCUAUGAGCAUGAUCAUACUUUCAGCGAAGGCUGUUUGGAGAGGAUAGGCAUAAUUGGUAUUAGCUUGAUGGCUUCGCUAGCUGGGUUUGCUGCUAUAUCCGCGCUUUGGCAUACAUUUGGCGUUAAGUAUCGUCCGGUCACCGAAUCAGACAUCGGUCGCAAGCAGGCUGGCAUACAGGCUACGAACGACAUGCUCCUGACGAAGGAGAGUCGACUCCGAGCGGUCGAACGAAAACUUGCGGACAAUCCCCAACAAGGUUUCAUGGGCCGCGUAGUAGGAUCGAUUCGUGGCAAUCCCGACAUUCAAGAGCGCAACACUCUACAACUCGAAAUACAAGGCCUCGAGACUAUGCGCCACACACUCCAGAACUCCCUAACAGUUCUCCAAAACCGUCGGCAGAACCAACUGCGAUCGCAUACCGCAAACGGGAGGCUGUUCAACAUCGUCUCAUACGUCUUCGCCGUAUAUUGCGCAUACCGCAUCAUCGCCACCACAGUCACAACACUCCGCCGCUUCUCAUCACCAAAUGCGAGCUUCGCAAGCAGCGACCCCAUUAACAAUGUCCUCGCCCUACUAGCCAAACACUGGGACCCAACCAUCGACCGCGUAGCCUGGAGCCGCACAAUCUCCUUCCUCCUCUCCGGCGUCAUGCUCCUCCUCUCCUUCAACAGCGUCCUCCAAACCUUCUACCUCUUCGCCCGCGUCGUCCCCGGUCUCCUGCAUCACGCACGCACAAACUUCGCGCUUAUCAUCUCGCAGAUCGCAGCGACUUACGUUAUCAGCUCUGCGUUGCUUCUUCGGAGUAACCUGCCGCCUGAGAUGAAGAGCAAGAUUGGGGAUGCGUUGGGUGCACCGCUUGAACCGGGGUUUACGGAGAGGUGGUUUGAGGGCUGGUUCUUGGCGGCGAGUGCGGCGACGGUGUUGGGGCUUUGGGCGGGGAAGAGGUUGAAGGGUGGGGAGUGGGAUGAUGAUUGUGAGGGGGGGGAGGGGGAUGUUGAGAUGGGGAAGAGGAGUACGUAG